AUGAGGAUGUUUGCCAUUGUUUUUGUGGUGGCGCUAACCACAGGCGCUGCAUACGCUGGCACUGCGCAAGUGGUGCCCACCCGCUCAGCCACCGACCUGGCAUUCGACAUGUACAACAGCUGUUUGAAGGACUUCAGCACCAGUUGUGUACAGCCGAAGGCGAUGCAAUGGUUCAAUCAGGCGCUUCAGCAGGACGAAAUUCAAAUCACCGAUAAACUUUCGAUUGUGCGCACUAGUCGCGUGGCGCCCACACAGCAACGCUCCUACGAUGCACAAGAGCAAAUGUUCAACGAUAUCGACAACUUUUUAGCCACACACGCGUUACGCGUCAAAGCGCCGGAAUUCUUCAGCAGCGAGGAAGCGCGCUCAUAUGUGCCCGACUUUUUGUUCAGCAAUGCCUUGACUAAGGAUUCUGUUGUGCCGUUAACGGAUCGUGAUCCCAAUCAAGGUCGCGGCAUGGUUCGCAAAGUGUUGUUGCCCUUCCUCAUUGGCUUGAAACUGAAGACUACCGUUUUGGUGCCGCUUGCGCUGGCCUUGAUCGCGCUCAAAACCUGGAAAGCCAUGACAUUGGGUUUGCUAUCGUUAGUUCUAUCUGGUGCUUUGGUCGUCUUCAAGAUUGCCAAGCCAAAGAUCAUCAACUAUGAAGUGGUGCACUACCCACACCAUGUCGAGCAUGUGGAACAUAUUGAACACAUUCCUCACCAUGUCGAUCACUUCCCUCAUCAUGUGGAACACAUUGUGCCGCAUCACAUCGAUAUCGUGCCACAUCAUGUGGAGCGUCAUGUCGAGCACCACUUGGAUUUGCCUCAACAUGUGGAACAUGUUGAGCAUUUCGAACAUCCGUCGCCCGCUUGGGAUCCACAUGCUUGGGCGCGUUCGUCACAAGAGCCACAAGAUGCACAGGAUAUGGCUUUCGCUGGCCAAAGGCAACCUUAA